CACACCUUUAAAACGAAUUUCGAAAACGAUAAAGAUAGGUAUCGAGCGAUACAGCGGAUCGCGCUCCGUAGUUUGUGUUUGGUGUUUGUGAAAAUGGGUUGGAAGAAAAUUCUCUUAGCGGUCACGCUGAUAGCCGGCGUCACGGCACAGAACGAGUUUCGCGUAUGCGUGCCGCCAUCGUUCGCCUCUCAAUGUCAGGGCCUUCAGAGUCUCGGCAGUCCGAUUAUUUGUGAUACAGUGGAAUCCAGGCUCGACUGUAUCAUGAGACUGAACAGGGGUGAUUCAGAUUUCGGAGUGUUCUCUGAAGAAGAAAUGGUAUUGAUGGGCCACAACCAGCCCAACGACAACCGGGUCGUGGCUUCCAUCAAGGAUAUCCUUAGCAACGGCUCCUACGCGUUCGAAGCGGUCGCUGUAGUCCCAGCGAGUCACACUGGAGGUCUAGAGGGUCUCCGAGGUAUGAAGUACUGUCACCCUGGUCUGGAUGAAACUGAGGCGCGCUGGUCUCCACGAGUGCUUAAGACUUUAGAACGAGCUGCAGCCAGAACCGACCGCUGCCCGGAUAUGGAUACCAACGGAAAAACAGCUGAGGAAAUUGAAGUCCAAACUCUGAACUCUUUCUUCGGCGCUGCUUGUAGACCUGGACCUUGGAGCGCUAACUCCUCGGUUGAUGCUGACCUCAAAUCCCGUUUCCCUAACCUGUGCUCUCUGUGCGGUUCCAACGGAGACUGCUCCAAAUACUCCAUCGACAUGGGCCCGAACAUCGCCAACGUUGACAACAACAACAGACACAUCCAGGCCUUGGAGUGCAUGAGGUCCAAUGAGAACAACACUUUCGCUUACGUCGCCUGGCAACACGUCCGCACUUACUUUAACGUACGAAAUCCAAGGAUUCGCGGCUCGUACGCUCUGCUUUGCGAGGACGGCUCCCUCCGUCCUUUGACGGUUGAGGCCACUAACUCCAAUAUCUCCCCAUGUUCGUUCGUCAGACAGCCCUGGAGCGCUGUCGUGGCUACCACUACCAGAGCAAGCGACGUGAGUGCUGCUCUCAAGACCUGGUGGCCAACAGGAACCAACCCUGGAGGAGUUUCUUGGCAGUCGUCACUGUACAAUAACUUGAUCGGAGGCGCCCUGAGCAUAAUUUCUUUUGAAGACAGUCUCCCUGGACCAGGAAACUACAGCCAAAGUCGUAAUUUCACCGCCAUCGACGCCUCCUCAUCCUGCAUACCAGCUCGUCGCUGGUGCACAAUUUCUAACGAGGAACACAAUAAGUGCUCCUGGGUCCGUGCCUCUGCCUACACCCUGGGCAUAGAACCCACUAUCUCCUGCCAGAUGAGGAACAACAUUUUUGAAUGUCUCUCCGAUAUUAAGGACAACGCUGCAGACUUCAUCGCCACUCCCUCCAACUAUGGUUAUCUGUCAAGGCAGCACUACAAGUUGUCGGCUGUGAAACUUGUACAGAACCUUCGCGGGAAUCCCAACUCCUUUUCCCGAGUCGCUGCCUUCGUCAAAGAGUCCGCUACCCAAGGAAACAUCACGAGGUUUGAGAAUCUUCGAGGCAAGAAGGCUUGCUUCCCGGAGUUCGGUGGAAUAUCGUACGUGGCGUUUCUGCGUACGGCGCACGAGCGUUCCAUCAUCAGCAGCUCGGAUUGCGACUACGCAAGAGCGGUUGGAGAAUUCUUUGACGGGGCCUGCGCGCCUGGAGCCCUGGCUGCUUCGCAUGAAAUAGUUCAAAGCUCAUACAACGCGACGAAUUUAUGCUCACUCUGCAAGCCGGCUGUCAAUGUUAACGAUUCAAAUUUCACCUGCGCGUUCGACUACACCAACAUGUACUACGGCAACAACGGCUCCAUCAACUGCCUCGCCGAUCCUACCACCGAUGUGGCUUUCGUCGAACUGGACGGUAUUCAAGCUCAUCUGGACGCUGCCAAACUUCAAGCAUCUGAUCUGAGAGCGCUGUGCAGGGAUAACACCCUCGCACCCAGCGCAGGAGUUCAGGUUCCCGACAGCUGUCUACUUGCGAGCGUUGUUGAUUCAGAGGUUCUUGCAAGAAGAAACGAUCCUCUCGCGAACAGCCUCAACGUUCUGCUGGACAACUUGGACUCCUACUUCGGCUACAACGCCGCUAACGCCAAGCAGCUCAUCAACCUAGAAAUUUACUCGCCAUUCGACAAAGUCAGUGACCUUUUAUUCAGAAAUACAGCCAUCGGUCUCACGGAGCCGUCAGACAACGCAAUAAACGCUGAAGCGAGGAACUACAACGAGCUCUUCCGUCACCUGGAGUCCUGCACCGGUUCCACGCCUCCCCUCCCAGGUCUGGCGACCAAAAACUUCUUCUCGCUUGUAACCUUGUUAGGCACAGCACUUAUAACCCGUUUCGUCCUGUACUAAGCCGCGUAACUCUUAGCCCACAUCAUUGUUAAUUUAAUAUGCAUUUAAAUCUAUUAAUAUUUUAAGUUUUCUUAUAAUCAGUUUUGUCCGCUGAUGGCAAUUUCUAGGGUAUUUUUUAUGCAUUUACCUUUGUUUUUUUACUUUAAUUUAAACUUUGUCAAUGAGAGGAGUAUCAGGUAGACGACCCAACGACGUUAGUAUUAGUAAGUUUUGUGUUUGCGUCCAAAAUUAUCCUUAACAUGAAGGAAAUCGGUUGACACAAUAGAAAUAAGCUAAAAAAAUAUAUCUAAGAUAUUGUGAUUGUAUAUAAAUGGGUUAAAAUUCGCGUGUCGUUUGGGUAUUAAAUAAAAUAUGUUUUUUUUA